AACUGUCUUCAAUGGAUUACUGCUUAACAUCUCUCACCAAAAUUUCAAUUUCCACCAUUUUUGUUGCCAUCUUGCUUUCUUCAUUCAGCUUCACUCUCACAGAAGCCUACGAUGCACAAGACCCAAAUGGAAACAUCACAAUCAAGUGGGAUGUUAUGAAUUGGACCCCUGAUGGUUAUGUUGCCGUUGUUACAAUAUACAACUUCGAGCAAUACCGCUACAUUUCACCUCCUGGGUGGACCUUAGGUUGGACCUGGGCCAAGAAAGAGGUAAUAUGGUCCAUGUUGGGCGGUCAAGCCACCGAGCAAGGAGACUGUUCAGUAUUUAAAGGUGCAGUACCACACUCCUGCAAGAAAACUCCAACCGUCGUAGAUUUGUUACCAGGGGCCCCUUACAAUCAGCAGAUUGCGAAUUGUUGUAAAGGAGGUGUUCUUAGCGUACGGGGCCUAGAUCCCAACAACUAUAUCAGCUCAUUCCAGCUUAGUGUUGGCAUAGCCGGAACCACCAACAAAACGGUCAAGUUACCUAAAAACUUCACCUUGCUUGCACCCGGACCUGGCUACACCUGUGGACCCGCUAUUGUUGGUAAACCAACAAAGUUCAUUACUCCAGAUGGAAGAAGAGUAACUCAAGCAAUGAUGACAUGGAAUGUUAUAUGUACAUAUUCGCUACGUUUGGCUGGAAAACCCCCUUCUUGUUGUUCAUCUCUCAAAUCUUUCUACAACGGGACAAUUGUUCCCUGCAAUACAUGUACAUGUGGAUGUCGUAACAAUGCUUAGAAGUUGAGUAAAAAGCUCACCAUAUGUUGAUGGUGAUACUUGUUGGAGAAUAAUUCAAAUCAUGUGGCCAUUGAUAUCCUGGCUGUUUAAUUGCAGUUGAAGUAAUCUUAAUAAUGUUGUUUUAGUCUAUUUCAUUACCUUUUGUAAUCGUAUUCGAUAUUUAAACUUUACUGAGUGAUGAAUAAACUUAACUUAUUCUAGCAUUCUAACAA